AUGUGGUCCGACAUUGACUAUAUGAAAUCAUAUCGCGACUUCGAAGCUGAUCCUAUUCGUUUCAAUUAUACGCAGUGGGCGGAGUCUAUCAGCCGUCUUCAUGCCAGCGGGCGGCAUUAUGUCCCCAUAAUCGACUCAGCGAUUUACAUUCCCAACCCAGAGAACGAGACAGACGCGUACCCCGUAUUUGACCGUGGAAAUGCAGCGGGGGCCUUUAUCAUGAAUCCAGAUGGGAGUCCCUAUAUUGGUGAUGUAUGGCCCGGCUACACCGUUUUCCCCGACUGGUUGUCCGAGCACGCAGAGAAGUGGUGGACCCACGAAUUUGUGGAAUUCCACAAGCAAUGGGCCUUUGAUGGCGCGUGGGUUGAUAUGAGCGAAAUAUCCUCGUUCUGUGUUGGAAGCUGUGGGAGUGGAAACCUCCAUCUCAACCCCGUGCAUCCUCCAUUUGCAUUACCGGAAGCCGGGUCUGCGUCUAGCGCUAUCUCCUCUUCAAUGAGUACCUAUCCGGUCACAACCUCUAGCAUUUCCUCAGUUUACCGGACGACUCCCACCCCUGGCGUUCGUGACGUGAACUACCCACCAUAUGCGAUCAACAAUUUUAAAGGUCCCCUGGGUGUUGCUGCCAUUUCACCCAAUGCCACCCAUGCUGAUGGCACCCUGGACCGAUGGAUGCAGCUUAGCGCCUUCUUCCCGUUCUAUCGUAACCAUAAUAUUAUCGGCGCUAUCAACCAGGAGGCCUAUGUCUGGGCUUCUGUUAUUGACGCAAGCAAGGCCGCCAUGAACGUCCGCUACAGGUUUCUUCCUUACCUAUACAUCCUGUUCUAUCAUUCUCAUGUGCAUGGACACACAGUUAUGAGGGCUUUGGCCUGGGAAUUUCCUAAUGACCCGUCUCUGGCUAACGCUGAUCGUCAAUUUUUAUUGGGCCGUGCCAUCUUGGUAACCCCUGUUCUUGAACCAGGUUCUUCCACUGUCGAUGGUGUUUUCCCAGGCCUUGUUGAGGGUAAAGAACUAUGGUAUGACUGGUAUAACGGCACUGCUCUUGCUGUGCCCGAACGUGCAGACACCACCAUUAGCGCUCCACUCGGUCACAUCCCAGUUCAUGUGCGCGGGGCUUCCAUUCUUGCUCUCCAACAACCUGCCUUGACUACUAGAGAAGUCCGCGAAACCCCCUGGGAUAUACUUGUUGCCUUCGACAAGAACGGCCAGGCGAAAGCAGACCUAUACCUUGAUGAUGGAGUCAGUGUUGUGCCAAAUGCCACACUCACCAUGACAUUUGCAUCUACACAUAGAAAGCUAAGUGCCACCAUCACGCAAGGAGGUUGGAAGGAUCAGAAUGCCUUGAAAAGUAUCAGUCUCUGGGUGAAAAAGCAUGGGCGGGCACUGGUUGGAGCUUGGAAUGGUGAGCUGGCCCUUAAUGAACGCUACCAACUGCAAAGGGAGAGAGCCUGGUCAAGUCACUGUAAUAGCGAAUGUCAGAUGGAUAAUUCUGAUUGA